AUGGCGCGAAUAUUCGAAGAGACGUGUAGGUGAUGUUUCGAUCAGUGUGCACGGUGAAAGCACUCGAUGUAAAACUACUAAAGCCACACAAAAAGAACAGAAAUUGUAAAUAAUAAAUUCUCAACUAAAACCCUCGUGUUGACAGUACCAGGCGGAAAUACUAGCUUCCGUUUCGUUUGGCCUGUUUGUUUGGACAAACCUAUGAUCGUCAGCUGACAGAUCUACAGUGCUGGAACAUGGAUGAGUUCGAUGAUGAGGGUGAUGAACUGUUGUCAGGAUUCGAGCUUGGACUUGAUGGCGAGAGCUGUGAUAAUACUAACACCACAACAGCUGAUGAGACACAAUGUACAGUCCCAGAAUCCUUUCCAUUUCCCUUUGAGCCGUAUGACAUACAAACAGGCUUCAUGCAACAGCUGUAUCGUUGUCUUGAACUUGGCAAAGUUGGAAUAUUUGAGAGUCCAACUGGGACUGGCAAGUCAUUGAGUGUUAUAUGCGGGGCUCUGAAGUGGCUGCGAGACUAUCAGCAGAAACAGCAGGAGGAGCUUGAGAAGCUGAUGGCAGAGGAUACCACCUCCAGCACCCCACAGGAGAAAUCUGCAUCAAAAGCAGCACCAGAACUUGACUGGGUGGCCGAGUUUGCUGCCAAAAAGGAGAAGGAAGAGUCGCUGAAACAUGUCAAGAUGGAGCAAGAGCAGGCUCAGAAGAGAGAAGCUCGCCUGAAGAAGCUGCACACCAACCUGCCUCAUCUUGCUGGCAAACGCAAGCGAGACAAGCUUGAGGAUGAGUUUACUGAGCUGAUGCGAGAUGCAAGUCAGGAGCUGAAGGAAUCAUUCAACGCAGAGAUGUCACAGGUUGAAAAUGACAGUUGUCAUGGUGAUGAGGAGCUGGUGUUGGCGGAUUACCAUAGCGAUGAUGAAGACAAGGAGAAAGAGGCUGAUCGAGAUGAGGAAGAGGAACACGUUACCAAGAUCUACUUCUGCAGCAGAACUCAUUCUCAACUGUCGCAGUUUGUCCGGGAAAUCAUCAAGAGUCCAUAUGGAGAGAACACACGGGUAACAUCCCUCGGAUCUCGACAGACUCUGUGUAUCAACGAGAGUGUCCGCAAGUUGAAGUCUCUCAGUCUCAUGAAUGAUCGUUGUUUGGAGCUUCAGAAGAACAAAGGCAAAUCGAAGGAAUCUGGUGCCAAGAAGAGCAAGAAGACAGACAGUGCUGGGUGUCCUUUCUAUAAGCAGUCCUUGAUCCAGGACUACACAGACAGAGCACUGCUGAAUAUUGGUGACAUUGAGCAGCUGGUGAAGCUGGGGCGGGAUGUGAAAGCUUGUCCGUACUUUGGGACGAGGUUCGCUGUCCCUUCAGCGGAGGUUGUUGCUCUCCCUUACAACACAUUGCUCCAUCACUCCACACGAGAAGCAUGCGGCAUCAAACUCAGCGGGAACAUCGUCGUCAUUGACGAGGCACACAACUUGCUGGAGACCAUCAACAACAUCUACAGCACUGAGGUCACUGGGGCCCAGGUGCUUCGUGCCCACUCUCAGCUCAGCCAGUAUGAGGCCAAGUUCCGCUCACGUCUCAAAGCCAAGAAUCUGAUGUAUGUGAAACAACUCCUGUAUGUCCUUGCCAGCCUUGUCAAGUUCCUGGGUGGGAAACUGGACACAGCAGCAGACAAACAGGUACUUGGGGCAAAAGAGACCCGUCUGUUGACGAUCAAUGACUUCCUGUUUCAAGCCAGUCUGGACAACAUGAAUCUGUUUAAAGUGCUACGUUACUGUCGGCGUAGCAUGAUAAGCCGGAAGCUGAAUGGGUUUGUGGAGAAGUACCAGAUACAGGAGGUUGCCCCCACUCCAAGUAACACAGAGAAAAAGACAGAGUCUGGUUUGUCGGUAUUUCUGAAGGAAAUCAACAGGAAGUCGGAGCCCGUGGUAGAAGCAGUAGUUACAGACGCGGCGUCGCGGUGUGGGGACCAGCCUGUGUUGAAGUCCCCCCUGAUGCACAUCGAAGGCUUCCUGGAGGCUCUCACUAAUGCUGAUAAAGAUGGGAGGAUGGUCACCAGCGUGCAAACUCGUCUCAGUCAGAGUUACCUCAAGUUCUUGCUGUUAAACCCUGCCGUCCAUUUUGAAAGUGUUGUGAAGGAGGCGAGAGCUAUAGUAGUGGCCGGAGGAACCAUGCAGCCGAUUUCGGAAUUCAAGCAGCAGCUAUUCACAGCAGCGGGGGUCCGCCCUGACAGAAUACUGGAAUACUCUUGUGGUCAUGUGAUCGCGGGCAGCAACAUCCUGCCGAUGGUGGUGCCGAGCGGACCGUCAGACCACACCCUGGAGUUCACCUAUCAGAACAGAGACAAACCUGCACUGCUGGAUGAACUGGGCAGACUGGUGAUGAACGUGGGUCAGGUUGUACCAGGGGGCGUGGUCAUCUUCUUCCCAUCUUACGACUACGAGAAGAAAGUCUACAAUCACUGGGACAACUCAGGCAUGCUGAAGAAGAUAGCAGCUAGGAAAAGGAUAUUCAGGGAGCCGAAACUGGCCUCUUUGGUUGACUCCACUCUUGCGGAGUUUGCUAAAUGUAUCAAGUUCAGUGUAACGGGCUCGACCGGGGUCACUGGGGGCCUCCUGCUCUGUGUUGUAGGCGGCAAGAUGAGCGAAGGCAUAAACUUCUCCGAUGACAUGGGCAGGUGUGUCAUCAUGGUGGGAAUGCCGUACCCAAACAUGUACUCACCCGAACUCCGGGAGAAGAUGGACUACCUCAACAAGAACUAUCCUAAAUCUGAGGAUGGUCGACUACCUGGACAGCUGCACUACGAGAAUAUUUGUAUGAAGGCCGUCAACCAGUCCAUCGGUCGAGCUAUCCGUCACCGUGGUGAUUAUGCCUCCAUCCUGCUGUGUGACCGUCGAUAUGCCGGCCCCCAUGUAGCAAGCAAGCUGCCAUCUUGGAUUGGUCAACAUCUCAACAAAAUGGCCAGAUUUGGCCCAGUCAUGGCCGCACUGUCCAAGUUUUUUGCUGAAAAGAAAAAACUCAACCUUUGAGGGAAGAAGUGCCAGUGAACAUAUGAAGCAUCUACACGGGGCAAGGCAAUCAGUUGAAUGUUGAUAUUUAUUGUGUAAAUAAAAGAUUGCCAAAGUCA